GGACCAUGGCGACGUCGGCGGAACCUCCGAAACCAGCGCGAGGAUUGCUUGGUAACUUCAUCAUUGCGGCGGCGGCCACGUCGCUGGCAACCAUCGGUUCAAACCCGAUGGAAGUCGUCAAGACGCGCAUGCAACUACAGGGCGAGCUUGCAUCGAAAGGCGCGCCUAUCGUCUACCGCAACUCGAUCCAUGCGUUCUACACCAUUUGCCGACUGGAAGGCAUUGCUGGGAUUCAGCGAGGUCUCGUGGCCGGCAUGUGCUACCAGGUACCUUCACCGCUCGUCGAAAGACAUUGCACUCAACAACUCGUUCGGUCGACCAGAGCUUCAUGAACGGCGCGCGCUUAGGCUUUUUUGAAAAGCUCCAGCAAGUGUUUGGCGCGACGGACCCCAACCACUUCUCGUUUCCGCUGCGCAACAUGGCUGCGGGGGCAACGUCCGGUGCCGUCGGCGCCAUGAUGGGCAGUCCAUUCUUCCUUGUCAAAGCACGUCUUCAAGCGCAAAGUACUGCCGCAACUAUCAACGCCCAAUACCAUUACAGAGGCACGCUCGACGCGAUCCGCCAAAUCGUUGCCAAGGAUGGCGUCUUGGGGCUGUAUCGGGGCGUGAACGGCGCUAUCCCUCGCGUCGCCGUCGGGUCCGCUGCACAGCUAUCUACCUACGCGUCGUCGAAACAUUUGGUGCUGUCGACUGGAUUGGUCGAAGAUGGCGUGUGGUGCCACUUAGCUGCCAGUUUGGUCACGGGACUGGCCGUCACGACAGCCAUGAAUCCGUUCGACGUGGUCAGUACUCGCUUGUACAGUCAAAAGGUCGUGGACGGGAAGGGCGUGCUGUACUCUGGCGUGCUUGACUGCUUCAAAAAGACAUUUGGCGUUGAGGGGGUCCGUGGGCUGUUCAAGGGGUGGUCGGCACACUACUUGCGUCUUGGUCCCCACACGAUCCUCACGUUUGUAUUUUGGGAGCAGGCAAAAUCGUUGGCUGCGUCGUUCGGGUACUAGAGUUAGUUGCCUCGAUGUUCGAGUUAGGAAAGGUCACAAGACCCUCGUCAUCUAAGCGCCCUUCCGCAUCCCUUGUGGCUUUUUCGGGUCGUCCUCCAUGGUGUGCGGCGCGUCAUGUAUUCGCCGCGUCGACAACGACGACGGUCCAUGCAUGCACCGACCCAACUAAAGGGUCGGCAUCGUCCUGAUCGGGCAUCUAACCACGCGAGUGCAGAGAGCCAUCGCUCGUACACUCACGGAACCUCUUGUGAGAACGUAAGGCAGGUUCGUUGCGGGUCCAGGUUGAUUCGGUACCCGAGCGCUGUCCGUACCACGCAUCUUCAGCAGAAUCACCAUCGCAUUCACGACCGCAGACGAGCAUGCAAUGCGCUCAAACGUCGCCGAGUGAGUCUUGAAUCGCACCUGGCAACGACGCAGCUAUGUCAGCCAAGGC